AUGUAUGGUAGCAAACACAGAACAACAGAUGGUCUAUAUGAAACCCGAAAAGAUGGUAGCGGCUAUUCGUCAACAAAACGAGAGUCGAAUUUACAAACACAUGGAUUUAAUGACGAAUCAUCCAAUCAUCGAAAAUAUAUUCGAACACAAUCUUCUUCCAAUAAUCGAACUGUGCCAUCGUCAUCAUUUUCUCAGCAGCAACGUCAAAAUGGUGACAAAGAUAAGAAAACAGUUAAAGAUGCAAAAAAGCCGCUACGUGUGUUUGGUGAUUGGUCAGAAUUUAAAAGUUCAACAGGCAAAACAUAUUUUUAUAAUUGUAAAACAGAAAUUUCUCAAUGGGAAAAACCAAAAGGAUGGCCAAUUGAUGAAACAACAUCUUCAUCUAUUCGAUCAACUUCAAUAUGUCCUUCUACUGAUCGAAUUAAAAAAGAAUCAAAUAAUUCACCUACAAUUCGUUCUCGAUAUAAGAUGGAUGAAUCAUCAGAAAAUUUUCGUUAUCAACAAAAAGAUAUACUUAUUCCUAAUUCUAAUAUUAAAUAUGAACAAAAUGGUGAUAUACAUUCUCAUAUAACAAAUAAUCUAAUAAAAGAAUCAUUACAAUCUAAUGAAUCCUUUAGUACAACUUCAAAUAUUCAUUUACCUAGUCCAAAUGAUGAUAAUUCUCGAAUGUCAUUUUCAUCGACAAGUAGUAAAGAGUCAACAACUAUAAACAUUUCGGAUCGAAAUGGUAAUGGUAAUGAUAAUAAUGGUAGUGUUUUACAUGUAUCAUUAUCGGAACCUGCUAUUUCAGUAUCUACCCCAGUGUCUGAUAUAUUAAAUAAACCUCAUGAAAAAGAUUCAAUCUCUUUAAAUGGAAAUGAAACAAAAUCUCCAUCUACUCGAACAAUUCUUCCUUCUAUAACAACAACAGAACAAACUACAGAAAUCGAAUCUCCUAUUCCAUCGAUUUCUAAAAUUGAACGUGAUCAAGAAAUUCAAAAAUAUUAUCGUGGUAGUUUAAUUCAACAUUUAACUGAUUGGCCAUCAACUCAAUUAGAAAAACAGUGUUUAAAACUUUUUGAUGAUUAUUAUGGUUAUAGUGCUAAAAUGUCAACAGGAUUUAUUGAACUUAAAGCAUUAAAAUCGAACUUUCGCGUACUUGAAAUAAAACAAAAUAUUUUAAGACAAAGACUUCUUCGAUGUCAACAACAUAUUAAAGAACGAGAAGAUGAUAAACUGUUAUAA